AUGCCAGGAUGGUCAACCAUAGAAGCCAUUCACCUUGUGAGACGACUGGUGGAAAGGUAUAGGAAGAGGAAAAAGGAUUUGCACAUGGUGUUCAUUGACCUUGAGAAGGCUUAUGACAAAGUCCUAAGGGGGGUGCUAUGGAGGUGUUUGGAGGUUAGAGGAGUCACCAUAGUAUACAUUAGGGUGAUGAAGGACAUGUACAAAGGCGUUAAGACUCGGGUGAGGACUGUAGGAGGAGACUCGAAACAUUUUCCAGUGGAGAUGGGGUUACAUCAGGUAUCAGCCCUUACCCUAUUUUUGUUUGCCCUAGUGUUGGAUGUCUUGACUCGUCACGAGCAAGGGAGGGUGCUAUGGUGCAUGCUAUUUACUGAUGACAUAGUAUUGAUUGACGAGACGCGAGGGAUUAUUAACGCUAGGUUGGAAGUUUGGAGACAGACGCUGGAAUCCAAAGGUUUCAAGUUAAGUAGGUCAAAAACUGAAUACUUAGAGUGCAAGUUUAGUCAGGAGCGGCAUGAAGAAGAAGUAGAAGUAAACAUUGAUACUCAAGUCAUUCCCACAAGAGAUAGUUUCAAGUAUCUUGGGUGUAUAAUCCAAGGCAACGAGGAAAUUGACGAGGAUGUUACUCACCGCAUAAGAGUGGGUUGGAUGAGAUGGAAGCUAGCUUCGGGGAUUUUAUGUGAUAAGAAUAUACCGCCUAGACUUAAGGUCAAAUUCUAUAGGGUGGUGGUUAGACCGGCUGUGUUGAAAGACAAGAUCAGGAAUGAAGUUAACAAGGACAAGAUGGGAGUGGCAUCUAUGGAAGCCAAGUUACAGUAA